UGCGGCAUGUCACUAUAGAUUUGGUGAGAUGAACAGUCAACAAUGUCUCACAAUAAACAGAACUAUAAACGAAGUGCACCUCCAGAACCAUCUGGAUAUUACUUUACUCUAUAUUCUAUUUACACCGCCAACAGUGGGGUGGAUUUUUAAAUUUUAAGGUCGUUAAAUUUUGAAAGAAAGAGGUGUCCUUUUGCAUGUUGAUAGCGUGACGGGACCGGUUAUACACCAAGUUUCAGUUUACAAGAUAACAGCAUUUCACGUUUGCACUCUGAGGUUUAGACAGGAAAAUGGCAGAUCAACUCUCAGAAGAGCAAAUAGCUGAAUUCAAGGAGGCUUUCAGUCUAUUUGACAAAGAUGGUGAUGGAACCAUAACAACGAAAGAACUGGGCACAGUGAUGAGGUCACUGGGUCAGAAUCCAACAGAGGCAGAACUUCAGGACAUGAUCAACGAAGUAGAUGCUGAUGGAAAUGGAACCAUCGACUUCCCAGAAUUCCUCACCAUGAUGGCCCGAAAGAUGAAGGAUACAGAUUCUGAAGAAGAACUGAAGGAAGCUUUCCGUGUGUUUGAUAAAGACGGUAAUGGUUUCAUUAGUGCUGCCGAGUUACGUCACGUGAUGACAAACUUGGGUGAAAAGUUAACAGACGAAGAGGUAGAUGAGAUGAUCAGAGAGGCAGACAUUGACGGAGAUGGUCAAGUUAACUACGAAGAUUUCAAGGAGGCAUUUAGCAUUUUUGACAAAAAUGGUGAUGAGACCAUUUCAGCAAAAGAACUUGGCACAGUGAUGAGGUCACUGGGUCAGAAUCCUACAGAGGCAGAACUUAAGGAUAUGAUCAAUGAAGCGGAUGUUGAUGGAAAUGGAGUUGUGAGUUUUCCUGAGUUUCUGGCGAUGAUGGCGAAAACGACGAAGGACAUGGAGACAGAUCUCCGGCAAGCUUUCCGAGUGUUCGACAAAGACGGAAACGGAUUUAUAACUAGAGAAGAGUUACGUCAGGUGAUGACGGACUUAGGGGAAGUCGUCACAGACAAAGAUAUUGACGACAUGAUCAAAGAGGCGGAUAUUACCGGAGAUGGGAAAAUUAAUUACCAAGAAUUCAAGGAGGCUUUCAGUCUUUUUGAUAAAGAUGGUGAUGGAACCAUUACAACGAAAGAACUGGGCACAGUGAUGAGGUCACUGGGUCAGAAUCCCACAGAGGCAGAACUUCAAGACAUGAUCAACGAAGUAGAUGCUGAUGGAAACGGAACCAUCGAUUUCCCAGAAUUCCUCACCAUGAUGGCGAAGAAAAUGAAGGACUCAGAUUCCGAGGAGGAACUCCGCGAAGCUUUUCGUGUGUUUGAUAAAGACGGUAAUGGUUUCAUUAGUGCUGCUGAGUUACGACACGCUGAUCAACUCACAGAAGAACAAAUAGCAGAAUUCAAAGAAGCAUUCAGUCUUUUUGAUAAAGAUGGUGAUGGAACCAUUACAACGAAAGAACUGGGCACAGUGAUGAGGUCACUGGGUCAGAAUCCCACAGAGGCAGAACUUCAAGACAUGAUCAACGAAGUAGAUGCUGAUGGGAAUGGAACUAUAGAUUUUCCUGAAUUUCUGACAAUGAUGGCAAAGAAAAUGAAGGAAUCGGACACAGAAGAAGAGAUGAUGGAGGCAUUUAAAGUGUUUGACCGAGAUGGUAAUGGGUUUAUUAGUGGGACUGAACUUCGCCAUGUAAUGACAAAUCUUGGGGAGAAGUUGACGGACGAAGAGGUGGAAGAAAUGAUAAGGGAGGCCGACAUUGAUGGUGACGGUCAAGUCAAUUACGAAGAAUUCGUUAAAAUGAUGAGUUCCAGAUAGAAGUGCCAACAAUUACAAACAAUUUAA